AUGGACAGCCGGAUCUGGAGCCGCCUCCCAACCCGCCUCCUCGACCGCGUCAUCGCCUUCCUCCCUCCCCCAGCCUUCUUCCGCGCCCGCUGCGUCUGCAAGCGCUGGUACGGCCUCCUCUUCUCCACCUCCUUCCUCCACCUCUACCUCCACCUCUCCCCUCCCCGCCCACACUGCUUCCUCUUCUUCAAACACCAAGCCCCCACCACCACCCGCCGCCAAACCCCCACCACCACCACUCAGGCCUACCUCUUCGACCCCUACGACGUCGUCUGGCACCGCAUCACCUUCCCCUUAAUCCCUCCUUCCUUCUCCCCCGCCGCCUCCUCCGCCGGCCUCAUCUGCUUCAUCUCCGACGACCCGGGACCCAAGACCCUCUUCCUCUCCAACCCGCUCACCGGAUCCAUCUCCCAGAUCCCCUCCCCAACCCUUCGCCCCCGCCUCUUCCCCUCCGUCGGCCUCUCCGUCAAACCCUCCUCCAUCCACGUGGCGGUCGCCGGGGACGACCUCAUCUCCCCCUACGCCGUCAAAAACCUCUCCACCGAGUCCUUCCACGUGGACGCCGCCGGGUUCUACUCCCUCUGGGGGACCACCUCCCCCCUGCCCCGCCUCUGCAGCCUCGAGGCCGGACAGAUGGCGAGCGUCGGCGAAGGGAGGUACUUCUACUGCAUGAACCACAGCCCCUACAGCGUCCUGGCCCACGACGUCGUUUCCAACUGCUGGUUCAAGAUCCAGGCACCCAUGCGUCGCUUCCUCAGGUCGCCUUCCCUCGUGGAGACCAAGGGCAGGCUGGUGAUGGUGGCGGCCGUGGAGAAGAGCAAGCUGAACGUGCCGAGGAGCCUGAGGAUGUGGAGCCUCCAGCCGUGCGGUGCCACGUGGGUGGAGAUCGAGCGGAUGCCGCAGCAGCUGUACGCGCAGUUCGCGGAGGUCGAGGGCGGGAGAGGGUUUGAUUGUGUUGGGCAUGGGGAGUUUGUGGUGAUUGUGAUCAGGAGGUCCGGGAAUCGCGGGCUGUUGUUCGAUAUGUGGAGGAAGGUGUGGCACUGGAUUCCGAUGUGUCCCUACGUGGCUGCUGACGGUGGUGGAGAUGAUGAUGAUGAGGCUCAGCUGCGUGGCCUGCCUUAUGAGCCGCGGCUGGCUACGCCGGUCACCGGCUUGCUGGAUCAGCUCACCCUUCCGGCUUUCCACUCCUUCAAUUAA